CGCGCGGAGCUCUGCCGCCAGGGGCGGGGCAGCACUGCAGCAGUGCGCCUCUCCAGCUGUCUCUCUCCAGUAAUGGUCCACAGAUAUGCACGCCUCUCUCCGCCCCUGCCGCCAGACAGGUGGUCGGAAUAUCUGCGCUCAUCCUCCAGCGCUCCGACCGCGUUAGAACAGGAAAAUAAAUAAAUAUCUGUUGACAGCAGGAGCGGCUUGGCUGGCGCAAGCGCGUCCCCGAUGGACUUCCAGCGUUUGACAUCCGCGAUCACCGGGCGGACAGCGGGAGAGGGGGGCAGCAACCGGAACGCACCAGGAGAGGAGCCCCGCCGAUCUUUGCAGCGAAUUCCUCCAGAUGUCGCUCAGCGGAGCGGGAGAGGGUCUGCCCACCGAGGGGUGUGAUGCUCGAGUGAAAAAUUAACGCGAUUGAGGUGGGAAUCUUCAUCUGUGCGGCGAAAGGAUAAUCUGUGACGGUCCUCCGAUCUUCGGGAAGUUCCCCUGGGAAGGAAGCAGGGAAAAGGGGAAAAAGGGGGAUUCCAUCAUGGCUUCAGGCGCCGGUAAGGCUGCACAGUCCCCUGGCUCCACCGUGAACGGGACUGCGGCAGAGUUCACCAACAUCGAGCAGGAGCUGUAUGAUUACCAGAUGCACAGCAAGAUGUGCAAGAAGAUUGCCCAGCUGACUAAGGUGAUUUACUCCUUGAACAUGAGGAACGAGGAGCAAGAAGCAGCCCUACAGGCCCUAAGCCACGCCCACCACGAGGAGCUGCAUCGCAUCCUGAUGGAGAUGUGCCACGAAGGGGAGGGGUCAGCGCUGAGGACACGCCUCCUCGAACUCCAGGAGUCUUUGGAUGAGCAGCAGCGAGUUGGGGCCCAGGUGUGUGCAUUUGUUCAGGCAGAUUUUGAGUUUUUUCGGAUCCAGGCAGAGGAGAGGGAACGUGAGACUGAAGCGCAGCUGAGAAAAGAGUUUGAGCAGAAGCUCCAGGCUGCAGAAGAGGAGCUCCAGGAGGCCAAGGCUGAUAUCAGUGCAGCCCAGGAGGAGAGCCUGAGACUGGGCAAAGAACUAGAGAAAGCUGGGGAGCAGAUCCAGGACCUGAACGUCAAAUGUGAGGAGCUCCAGAAAGCAGCUGAAGAUGAGACGAAGAGGGAGCAGGAGGAGAGACAACGAGAAGAUGAAGAAAAAGAGAAACAAGAGAAGGAGGAGAGGAGAACAAAGCGGAGCGAGGAAUCGGAAAGAAUGAAAGUGCUCCUGGAGGAGCUGAAGUCACUGAAGGAGGAGAGGGAACGUACAGAGGAGGAGAGGAGGCGAGCGGACAAAAAAGAGCGGGAGCAAUGGGAGCAAAAGUUGAACGAUCUAAAUGAGGAGAAAGAGGAAACGAGGAAGAAAAUAGAAGCCGAGUGGAGGCAGGAGCGGCAGAGAUGGGAGGAGAGGGAGGAGGUGGAGAAGAAGGGCAUGCACAGCGCUCUGAGGGAACGAGUGAAACGAGCUGAAGCAGAAGUAGAAAGUCACCUGGAGAGGCUGGCGGAGAGCAAGAGGAACACAGUAAAACUUCAAGAACGGAUACAGGAUCUGGAGGAGGAGUUGGAGCUAGACCGGAAGCGCGUGUUGGAGGCUGAGGGUGUGGUUAAACGGGCGGAGGAGGAGCUUGCGGUUGCCAAGGAGAGGCUGCUGCUGCAGGAAGACGAGCUUCAGAGCAGAGCAGAAGAACUGCUGAAUCGUGGAGGCUGCGAGGUGUGUGUGUGUGCUGAGAUGGAGGAGCUGAAGAGCCAGCUGAGUCGUCUGCAGAGCAGGAACAGAGAGCUGGAGCUGCAGAGCAGCUGCCGAAACAGCGACCACGCCCGCCAGAUACGCCAGCAUGCCGAAGCCCUGUCCACUUUACGCUCGGAGAUGGUGAGAGCCCAGACGGAGGAGCUGCGUCGCAUCCAAAAGCACGCAGAUGACGAACGGGACAAACUGCUGAGGGAGACGGAAAAAGAGAGGGAACGACUGCAGAAGGAGAGAGAGCAGGAAAAAGAACAGCUCGAGAAGGAGAGGAGCAAACUGCGCAGAGAGAGAGAAGAGGAGAAGGGAGCGCUGCACAAGGAGGCGGAGGAGAUGAAAGAACAUCUGAGGAGAGAAAAAGAGGAAGAGGUGGGCCGACUGCGCAAAGAAGUGGAAGUGGAGAGAGUCCGCGUCCGCUCCCAGUUGGACAAGAACAUGGAGCAGAUUGAGACGGAGAGAGCCCAUGUGCAGCAGAAGCUGGAGGAGGAGAAGAAGAGGUUGGUGGAGAAAGCAGAGGAGGACAGGAAGCGGCUGAAGGAGCAGGUGCGGAAGGCCAUAGAGGAGGUGAUGAGGAGGCAUGCUGCUGAGUUAAACAACGUUCAAGAAGCUCUGAGCGCAGAGAGGAAGACCAACCAAGAGGUGUGUGCUCGUUUGGAGGAGGAGAGGAGAGCUGCUGAAGAGCUACGUGGCGGGUUGGAGACGGAAAGAGAAGAGCUGAGGACAAGACUGAAGGACGCCACCAAUGAGGUCUGCAGGUUGGAGGUCAUGAUCCAGCAGAAUGACAAGAGGGAAAAGUCGGCCCUCGAAGUUGCACCUUCAUGUGAGGCACAGUGCUCCCGCCUGGAGGAGGAGCUUCGCCAGGCUCGGAGUCGACUGGCUCGGGUUCAAGAGGAGGCAGAGCGGCAGCGGGACAGACAGCAGAAAGAGAUAGCAUCCCUGAGGACGGACAAGCAUCGGCUGGAGGAGAAAGUCCUGGAACAGAGCCGAAUGAGCACAGAGAGGAGGCUUCUGGAGCAGAACCAGCGGCAGACAGAGGACCGAAUCAGGGCAGAGUGUGAGGAUCGCCUCAGAGCAGAGUUCAGGAUCGAGAUGAACGCAGCCGUCGCUGAGAGCGAACAGAGGUGGCAGGGCCGAGAAGAGGAGCUGCAGGCCCAGAUAUCAGAGCUGCAGGCUCAGCUGACUGAGCUGCAAACACAGGUGGAGAAAAAGAAGGCGGGGCAAGGAGACGAUUGCCACGGCAACCCUGAAAUUGACAGGCUGAGAAAGGAGGUACAAGAUACCAAGGAGAUAAACAAGAAACUGAGAGAUCUGCUGCAGGAGCCUCAGACCCAGUCACUGGCAGAAGAGAGACACACUCAUGCCAUGACACUGCAAGCAAAGGAAGAUCUGCUGUCGGAGAUCAACAGACUUAAGACGAUGCACCACCUGGAGCUUGAUAAGCAGCGUGCAGAGAUGACCCAGCAGCACACCGAGUGGAGCCGACAGAUGACCCAGAGACACAUGCAGCAGAUCGAGGACCUACAGGCCCAGCUACAAGCACACACGCAGAUGAUGGCUCUGCAACAGGACCUGAAGCAGCAGAACCAGAAUCAAGUGUUUGAGCGUCAGCUGGACGAGAGUCGCUGUGCCAUGCUGGAGCUGCAGAGAGAAAACACAGCACUGAAGAAACAGCUAAAGGAACGAGAAAAAUCUCUUGUGCAUCUCUUUCCCAGCUCAGUGCAGAAGAGUUCAGAAGCUGAGGGGAAAGAAGAGGACAGUGCAGAAAUGUGGAAGACGAGGGAUGCCCAGCUAGAGGAGGAGGCACAACGCCUGAAGGAGGAAGUGGAGAAGCUGAGGGUGGAAAUGGAGAAACUCGAGGAGUCGCAGAAACACUGGGAGGAAAAGAAAGAAGAUGAUGUAAAAGAAGAGGAGGUGGAUGAGGAGAAGAAGAAAGAGCGGGAGGAAGAGAAGAGGAGAAAGGAGGUGGAGGAGAUCAGGAGGGAGCACAAGAAGGAGAUGCAGAGUUUGGUCUCUGAAUACAGCAGCGCCCAGAACCACCUGCAAGCUAGAAUAGUGGCUCUGGAGAACGAACUGCGUGAGCGGGAGGAUCGCUGCAGGAGAAGGGAGCCUCGAUGUGAUGACCUGCAGCUGGGGCGACUCCAGGAGAGGCUGAUGGAGAGAGACCAGCUUAUUAAACGUUUAGUGGAAGAAAGGCAUCAGCUGCAGCUACACCCUCCUGUUGCCGGGGACAACAGUUCCCCCAGGCUCCGUGACAGCAAGUCCCGCCCUGGGAGCAUCACGCCAACCAUGAGGAAAAAAGGUGUGGAGUCGCCUCCUCGUGUCACCAGCAUUCCAAGCGCUGCUUCCUACGACAGGAGCAUCUUCCUUCCCCAUUCCUCCUCCUCUACCUCGUCUUCCUCCUCCAUUCAUCCACACUCCUCCUCAACCCUCCCCCAUCAGUCAAGCUCCCAUCCUCAUACCUCUCCUCACUACUCCACCUCUUCCCUUCCGCACAAGCACACCUCCCUCUCUCUCAGCCAACAUUCCUCCCCCUCCCUGCCUCGCUCCACCAGAUCCCGGACGUCCUGCAUCCCCCCUACCCCGGCGCCAACUGCUCCUCUCCCGGUUUGUCCCUCACCUCCGACGGGCAUUCGAUAUGUGUCCCCCUCCUGCCAUGAUCCACAUACAUACUUCCAGGGCCAGACGAUCAGGGGCCCGUAUCUGGAGCCGAGGGGGACAGAAGGGCUGAAGCAGGAGUGGUUCACCAAAUACUUCUCCUUCUGAGCACAAAUACAAAUAAACACACACUGCUGCUGCAAAGACAUCCCAUGAACAGUUCAUUGCGCCUUUAAAAAAAUUGCUUCCAACAGAAACACACACUAAGCUUUUAAAGCACACCAACACACACUUGGACAGACAUAAGCACAUUGACCUACAGUAUUUAUAGGCUCAUCACCAGCAAGGCCAUCUCAAACAUUGCCUCAAAGUUCAACCCAAAAGUGCUUCUCAACACAUGCCUGACCUCUUCUGAGAAUAAGUCUGCCGGAUCUUAUUUAGACAGAAAUCAUUUAAGUCUUGUUUGUUUUAUAUAUAUAUAUAUAUAUAUAUAUAUAUAUAUAUAUAUAUAUAUAUA